GUGACGUUGACGUUGUGUCAAACGAAAUGUCAAAAGCAGUAGAUAAAUAAAUUUUAUAGAAGUUGCUGGAGCUGGAGAAGAUAAAUUAAUAAAAUAUGGGUAUUACAGACGAUGUACAUCUUCCCACUGAAGAAGAAUUAACAGUUCAAGAAAUCCCUUUAUCCGGCCCAGCACUUAAAGCGGGUGCCUUUCAUGUAGGAAAAACUUGCGAAUGGGAAAAUAAUGAGUUUAUUCUCUGUCGCGAUGAGUUGAAAGAUCCAAGAAAAUGUAUAAAUGAAGGUAAAGCAGUUACCAGCUGCGCCAUGAACUUCUUUAGAAAGAUUAAAGCAACUUGUGCAGAUGAAUUCAUGCAGUAUGUAAACUGUCUUGACAAAUCUAGCCCUGAUCAGGCCCUUGUACCAUGUAGAAAAACUCAAGCCGUUUUUGAUAAAUGUGUAAAAGAUAAUCUAGGUUUAGACAGACCCCCUUAUGAUUACUUUAAUCGCGUGCAUGUACAUAAAACUGAAAGGCCAAGACCACCAGUGGAAGGUAAAACUGUUUACGAAGAUGCUACUCCCGGACUUCCAGAGGAUGUACCCAAGCCUGAAGCUAAGUAUGGUUCCAGAUAUCUCUUCAUGUGGUAAAAAAUGGGAGUAUACACAAGAGUUGUGUAUUGUGUGUAGUUUCUACUUUAUUUAGUUCUAUUGUAAAUAAAUAUUAUGUUAUA